AUGCUAACUUCUGAUAAAAUCCUGGGGAUAGUAUACCUGCUACCAACUGUAGCUGGAUUCCUGGGAAACUGUAUCCUCCUCUUUCUAAACAGCUUUAAUGUCCUCAUUGCCCAGAAGACAAUAUCUAAAAACCUAAUUAUCAUCCACUUGGCCUUUUCCAAUGCCAUGGUGCUUCUCUUUAGAGGAAUACCUACUACAACAAGGCUUUGGAGGGUGAAAUGUCUCCUGGAUGAGGCUGGGAUUAGAAUCAUAACAUUCAUGCAGGCACUAACCCGGAGCCUCUCCUUGUGUAGCACCUGCCUCUUGAGUGUCUUCCAGGCUGUCACUAUUAGUCCCAAAAACUCUAUAUGGGCACAGCUCAAAAUGAGAACACCAAAGUCCAUCAUUACAUGCAUUCUUCUUUGCUGGAUCUUCAAUCUACUAUUAGUUGUGAUUCUACUUCAAUACUAUGAGAGUCCAAAGAACAGAACAGGUAAUAAAUAUGGUUGCAACACUGGGUAUAGAUCUGUAGAUUUCAAUAAUAAGAAUCAUGUUAAACUUUUAAUUAUAAUAUGUGUUUAUGAUGUUUGGUUUGUGUGUCUCAUGACAUUUUCUAGUGCCCAUAUGGUCUCAAUCCUAUAUAGACACAAGAAGCAUGUAAAUUAUAUUCAUAGUAAUAGCCUGUCCACAAAAAUAUCCCCGGAAACCAGAGCCACCCAAGCUAUCUUGCUUCUAGUGGGCAUCUAUGUUUUGUUUAACAUAUUCAGUCCCAUUUUUGUUCUGUGUAUGUUCUAUUUUAAAUACACAAAAACUUGGGUGAUACAUACCUCAGCCUUUCUGUCUCUGUGGUAUCCUGCAGUCAGCCCAUUUGUUCUGAUCAGCACUGAUAACCAGAUCCCCAGGAACCAUGCUCAUUGA